UUUGUUGAUAAGCGUUUCACAGUCGCAGUUGCAGAUCGAGCACGCAGUUUUGGCCAGUACGUACGCUCCUGACUAAUUGCAAUUGUCAAUGAAAGAGAGGCGGCAGAGACGCAGUCAGCACAGCACAUAAGCGAUGUGGGUGAGGGAAAGGGAGAGGAAGAGAGCGGCAGCAGCACAAGCACAAGCACAGGAAAAUUGAGACAAGAGUUCUUUGUUGCAACGCAACGCGACGCAAAUUAUAGUUGGAGCAACAAGCCGACCGACCACGCUCCAUAACAACAACAAGCGACGCGACAGUAGGUUCAAGACAGAGCUCCAAUGCAGACGUUCCGCAGCAGCAGCAACGGUAACGGUAACUGCAACUGCAACUGCAUUUGACGCAGGGGCAGACCUCUGGAACACUAUCGAAGAAGGAAAGGAAAACCAAAUUCAAGCAUCCAGCAUCAUGUCAGCAGUUAAUCAAAAGGAGAGUCCCAGCCGGGACUCCACUGCCUCCACAUCGGGACACAUAUCUAUGCUGGUAGACAGCACACUGGAGUCUCUCUCCCGGGACUACAGCCUGGGCAGCCUGAACUCCGCCGGCAGCCAGGACGAGUUCUUCCGUUGCCGGGAUCACGCCGACAACGUCCUUAAGCGGAUGCAGCUGUACGUGGAAAGCCAGCAGCUGUGCGAUGUAACCCUAAUCGCUGGGAUCGAUGGAAAGCGAGUGCCUGCCCAUCGACUGGUACUAUCGGCUUCCAGUGCCUACUUCUCGGCGAUGUUCACGGGCUCACUCCGCGAGACCCAGGAGCAGGAGGUGACGCUCGGCGAGGUGCCAGGCGACGCCCUGCAUCUUCUGGUGCAAUACUGCUACACGGGAUUCAUCGAACUGCGCGAAGACACCGUGGAGACGCUCCUGGCGACGGCCUGCCUGCUGCAGCUCACCGCGGUAGUGACUGCGUGCUGCAACUUUCUGGCCAGGCAGCUGCACCCGUCCAACUGUCUGGGAUUCGCUUUCUUCGCCGAGCAGCAGAGCUGCACGACGUUGCUGCGCCUGGCCCAGUCCUACACGUGCCAGUACUUCAUGCAAGUGUGCCAGAACCAGGAGUUCUUCCAACUGAACGCCGACCAGCUGGGCAAGCUGCUCUGCAGCGAUGAUCUCAAUGUGCCCUCCGAGCAGGACGUCUUUCACAGCCUUAUGUCCUGGGUGCGGCACGACUCCCCCAGCCGGGAGCAGCACAUUCCCGAGCUGCUGGCCCUCGUCCGGCUGCCGCUGCUGCAGCCGUCCUUCAUCAUGGACCACGUGGAGAACGUUUGCAAUGCCAACGAGUGCCAGCAGCUGGUCAUGGAAGCCUUCAAGUGGCACCUAAUGCCCGAGCGUCGCUCCCGCAUCGCCACCGAGCGCACUACUCCCCGAAAGUCAACCGUUGGCCGACUCCUAGCUGUCGGCGGCAUGGAUGCCCACAAGGGAGCGAUCAGUAUCGAGAGCUACUGCCCUCGCCUGGACAAGUGGACACCAUUUAAGCACAUGACUGGACGUCGUCUACAGUUCGGGGCCGCUGUCAUGGAGGACAAGCUUAUCUUGGUAGGCGGACGUGAUGGCCUGAAGACCCUCAACACUGUGGAGAGCCUCGACCUGAAUACUAUGUCCUGGGUCCCGUUGAAUCCCAUGGCCACUCCACGCCAUGGUCUCGGUGUGGCUGUGCUCGAGGGUCCGCUCUAUGCUGUCGGCGGUCAUGAUGGCUGGAGCUACCUAAACACCGUUGAGCGGUGGGAUCCCAUAGCUCGUACCUGGAGCUAUGUCUCGCCCAUGUCCUCGAUGCGUUCCACCGCCGGUGUGGCGGUGCUAAGUGGCCGCCUUUAUGCGGUGGGCGGGCGUGAUGGUUCCGUCUGCCAUCGCUCCAUAGAAUGCUACGAUCCGCACACGAACAAAUGGAGCCUGCUGGCGCCCAUGAAUCGGCGUCGUGGUGGUGUGGGUGUGACGGUGGCAAAUGGUUUCCUUUAUGCAUUGGGCGGCCACGAUUGCCCCGCCAGCAACCCCAUGGUCUGUCGCACUGAAACCGUGGAACGCUAUGAUCCAGCUACCGAUACCUGGACACUGAUUUGCUCGCUGGCCUUGGGAAGGGACGCAAUUGGCUGUGCUCUGCUUGGUGAUCGACUGAUUGUCGUUGGCGGCUACGAUGGAAAUACUGCGCUAAAGAGCGUUGAGGAAUACGACCCGGUUCGCAAUGGUUGGAACGAGCUGGCCCCCAUGUCGUUUGCCCGGGCCGGUGCCUGUGUUGUGGCCAUACCCAAUGUCAUACCGCCGGCGGCCCAGCAGCCGCCCCCCAGUGCUACAAAAAAGAAGAAGUGGAAGCCAGUGAGAUUGGAUCCAAUCUGCUAUAGGCGUCCUAGAUCCGUCGAGUUUGUCGACUACUGUAAUAUGUAAAGCAAAGAAAGCUGAAACUGAAAAACUAUAAACAUUUAAGCAAAGCAAUGCUACGAAAACAGAAAAAAGCAAGGAAGAUAAAUUCAAAUAUUACGUAUUAUUUUAUAUUUACACAUAUAUAUUUUUACACAAAGCAUACACUAUGCAUAAAUGUAUAAACUGAAUAUGUAUUUUUUGUAAUAAAUCGUAAAUCUUAUUUAUUUGA